UUACGUAAUUAUCGGAACGGGAAGUGUGACAGAAGCAGCGUGUCUGUGUUUCUAUAAUGGCUGGCAUCCUGUUUGAGGAUAUAUUUGACGUGAAGGAUAUUGAUCCUGAAGGACGAAAAUUUGAUCGAGUUUCACGGCUACACUGUGAAAGUGAGUCUUUCAAAAUGGAUUUGAUUCUUGAUGUGAACAUUCAGAUAUAUCCUGUGGACCUUGGUGACAAGUUCCGUCUUGUCAUUGCAAGCACACUAUAUGAGGACGGCACAUUAGAUGAUGGAGAAUACAACCCAACUGAUGAUCGUCCCUCAAGAGCAGAUCAGUUUGAAUAUGUCAUGUAUGGGAAGGUCUAUCGGAUAGAAGGUGAUGAGACCUCUACAGAAGCUGCUACCCGCCUGUCUGCUUAUGUUUCAUAUGGGGGUUUACUCAUGAGGCUUCAAGGAGAUGCUAACAACUUGCAUGGGUUUGAGGUGGACUCUCGUAUUUACCUUUUAAUGAAGAAACUUGCUUUCUGAACAAGCAUAGGAGUAUUGGAGCCUUUACUGUAAUCUGUAUAAUUUUUUUUUAUUUAAAUAAACUAUUUUUUAUAGUUUC